CCCUACCUCAGAAAGAAAGCAAAACCAUGGGGGCCCUGCGCAACAAGGUACAGCUCCCACUAGCACUAGUCCUCAUGAUCCUGCUCCAGCCAUGCCUCCCCUAUCUGCAGGUUGAUGCAGCUGCGCACCAUGGCGGCGUGUCUCUGCGAUCCCAGCAAGCAGCCCUCCUUCAGUGGAAGACCACCAUGGGAAGCCCCCCAGCGCUAGACUCAUGGUGGCACCAAACCAGCCCGUGCAACUGGACCGGCGUCGAGUGCGGUGCCGUGCGCCAUGGCCACCGCAGACCGCUGGUGGUGACCGUCAUCUCCCUGCCACACGCCGGCAUCGAAGGCCGCUUAAGUGAGCUCAACUUCUCCGCGCUCCCAUUCCUCGCUUACCUUGACCUCAGGUACAACAGCCUCCAUGGAGAAAUCCCGCCGGCCAUCACGUCGCUAUCUGCACUCUCCUACCUCGAUCUCACUGGCAACUUGCUCCAUGGGUCAAUACCGUCUGAUAUCGGCAACUUGGGACGCCUCAACCAGUACCUCGGGCUCUCUUUCAACAACCUCACCGGUAGUAUUCCAGCGUCCUUUGGAAAUCUGUCUAUGCUGGUUGAUUUUUCCAUCCACCAAAACAUGAUCACUGGGUCGAUCCCAGAAGAGCUCGGGAAGCUCACCAGCCUAGAGUAUUUUGAGAUAAGUAGCACCAUGGUAACUGGCCGAAUACCUGAAAGCCUUGGCAACCUGACCAAACUGAACCUCCUCUACCUCCACAGCAACCAUCUCUCAGGCCCAAUACCACCUUCUCUAGGCAAUCUUAGGGGAUUAGGGGAUCUUCAGCUCUCUAACAACCGCUUGAGUGGCGGAAUUCCAAUAACUUUGGCAAAUCUCACUAAGCUGAACACACUUUAUCUCAAUGAGAAUGAGCUCUCAGGUUUAGUUCCACAAGAGAUAGGAAUGCUGCGCAAUCUAAGCAAAUUGGUACUCUCAACAAACCAACAAAGUGGCACCAUCCCUUCUAGCCUAGGGAACCUUACUAGGCUAAAUCUCCUUGAACUAUCCGAAAAUCAGUUUGUGGGCUCCAUCCCACGUGAGGUAGGGGACAUGUUGAAUCUCUACAUUCUCUCGAUAGAUGACACCCAGAUUUCCGGUUCAAUUCCUGCUACUUUUGGGAACCUCACGAGCUUGAGAAAGCUUUCACUGUUUGAUAACGUGCUGUCAGGUCCUCUGCCUCCAGAGUUUGCUAACCUUACUGGUCUAGUUGAGCUAAAUCUAAUGAACAACUCUCUCUCAGGGGAACUGCCCUCUGAUGUAUGCAAAGGGAUGAAUCUUCAGGAUUUCAAUGUCGCUAAUAACAUGUUCAGAGGCCCUAUUCCUCGAAGCCUGAAAACAUGUCGGAGUCUCAAGAUGCUCUUCAUAGCUUACAACCAGAUAACUGGAGAUAUAUCUGAUUUCGGACCAUACCCAUAUCUCAUUGAUGCAAACUUAGAGGCAAACAAUCUUCAUGGGCAUUUGUCGAAAGCCUGGGGCUUCAGCACUAAUUUAACCUCACUGGCAAUGGCAGAAAAUAUGAUAACUGGAAGCUUGCCAUCUGAGUUAUCGAACCUAGUGAAAUUGGAAAGGCUUGUACUCCACUCCAACAACCUAACUGGCAAUAUACCACCAGGAUUAAGCACUUUACCCAACCUAUACCAGCUCAUAUUAGCCCGAAACCAAUUGUCAGGACAUAUUCCAUCUGAAUUUGGUCAGAUGAAAAACUUACAGUACCUUGAUAUAUCUAGGAACAGGUUGAGUGGAUCCAUCCCCAACGAGCUGGGGAGUUGCACUAAGCUACAAUCAUUGAUGCUUAGCCACAAUAACUUGAGUGGCGAGUUGCCAAUAACCAUUGGUAAUCUAGGGAACCUGCAGAUUGUGUUGGAUAUCAGUGACAACAAACUUAUAGGCAGGCUACCCGCACAGCUUGGGAACUUGGCGAUGUUGGAACUCCUGAAUCUCUCCCACAAUCAAUUUAAUGGGAACAUUCCAUCCUCCUUUGCCAGCAUGGUUAGCUUGACAACACUUGAUGUGUCAUACAACAACCUGGAAGGGCCUCUUCCAGCUGGACGACUAUUCCAUGAUGCUCCAAUAGCAUGGUUCCUCCACAAUACAGGUUUAUGUGGUAAUCUCAAAGGCCUGCCAACAUGCUCCUCAACUGCGAUAUUGGAAUAUCACAAAGGAAGAAUUCAAAUCAUAGUAUUAUCUAUUUCUGUUCCCAUGUGCAUAGUUAUUAUUCUCACAAUUUUUUGUGUCAUUAUGAUUACUCAAAAGAGGAAACAACCACAAAACGACAUAGCCAUAGAUAGAAGAGAUGUUCUUUCAGUGUGGAAUUUCGACGGUAAACUAGCAUUUGAGGAUAUCAUUCAAGCAACAGAAAAUUUCAGUGAUGGGUACAUUGUUGGAUCAGGGGCUUAUGGAACUGUCUACAAAGCUCACCUUCAAGGGGGGCAACUGGUUGCAGUGAAAAAGCUCCAUCCCAUUGAAGAAGAGAUGGGAGACGAAAAGAGAUUCCUCUGUGAAAUUGAAGUGCUGACAAAGAUCCGACAUCGGUGUAUCGUGAAGUUAUAUGGAUUUUGCUCUCAUCCAAGGUACAAAUUUCUAGUAUAUGAUUAUAUUGAUAGAGGGAACCUUCAUGAGACAUUGGAAAAUGAAGAGCUAGCAAAGGAGCUAGAUUGGAAAAAGCGGGCUGCCAUUGCAAGAGAUGUGGCUCAAGCUAUAUGCUACUUACACCACGAAUGCAACCCGCCAAUAAUCCAUCGUGACAUAACCAGCAACAACAUCUUGCUAGAUGCAGCAUUUAAGGCUUAUGUUUCAGAUUUUGGCACAGCAAGGAUUCUGAAACCUGAUUCAUCGAACUGGAGUGAGCUAGCAGGGACAUAUGGUUAUAUAGCCCCAGAGCUUUCAUACACAUCGGUGGUGACGACAAAAUGCGAUGUCUACAGCUUCGGUGUGGUCAUGCUGGAGAUUGUGAUGGGGAGAUAUCCAAGGGAACUGCAAUCACUUGCUUCUGUGGGACAGCAGCAUAAACAUGCAAUGGAUUUUCUGGACCAGCGCCCAUCAACACCAGCAAUGGUGGAGAACGAAGAAAUAGCUCUGCUGAUUGAAGUGGCACUUUCUUGCCUGCAAACUUCUCCUCAGUCAAGGCCAACAAUGAAGAGUGUCUAUCAGAAACUCAUUCACGAUCACCCUUCUAGUUCUUUUGCGAUACCUUUCGAUACACUAGAAGAAACAGCUGACCCAUGACGAAGUGGUCACUAGAGUAUAUUACUCAAUACUACUAGUAUUGAGUAAUAAGGCCAGCGCGAUGGUGUGGCCAACAUGUUGUACCAAAGCAAGGAUCCUUUUACAGAGUAUGUUAUUAUUUUCCUUCUGUAAUAGUUUUGUGUGGCAAGAUUGAUCUUCUCUCUAAGAUAAAUGAUAUUUUUUACAUGUAAAAUGA